CUGGCCGGUAGCCUGUGCGGUGGGGCGGGCGGCUGGGCUCGGCUGGCUGCCGGUCGGCCUUAUGGCCACUGUGUUUCUCGUCACACUCUAUGAGUACUCGCCGCUUUUCUACAUCACGGUGGUGUUCGUUUGUUUCCUCGUCACCAGCGGCCUUGUGCUGGGCUGGUUCGGUUUGGGUGUUCCUGUUAUUCUCAGAAACUCAGAAGAAGCAGAAUCCAGCACCAGAGUACUGAAGAAGCAGAUGAGACAAGUGAAGAAUCCUUUUGGUUUAGAAAUCUCUCAUCCUGACACAGCUUCAGUAAAAAAGGGUGUGACACUGACACCUGACUGUCUGGAAGAUUGUGUUCUUACCUGCUACUGGGGCUGCAGUGUUCAAAAACUCCACGAGGCGUUGCAAAAACACGUCUACUGCUUCAGAAUAAAUACUCCUCAGGCCUUAGAGGAUGCUCUGUACGACGAAUAUCUCUAUCGACAGCAAUACUUCAUCAAAAAAAAUGACAGGGAAGAAAAAUAUUGUCAGCUACCAGAAGAUGCUCAAGUUGUCGAUUUUGGCCCAGUGCCUCGACUUUGCUAUCCUCUGAUAGCACUGCUGACAUUAGCUGAUGAAGAAGACAGGGAAAUAUAUGAUAUUAUUUCAAUGGUGGCUGUCAUUCAUGUUCCUGACGAGAGCUACAGACUUUCCUGCAGAAUAUUAUAUCAGUACCUGCUUCUAGCUCAAGGCCAGUACCAUGAUCUGAAGCAGCUCUUCAUGUCUGCAAAUAGUCCUACACCACCUUCGUGUGGUACCUCUCCAGAUGAGAGAAGCACAGACAGAAGCUUGCUGGAAAAAGCCGGACUGGCUGAAGACGAACCAGAAUUGCAUGAAGAAAACAGUAAAGACUGCGUUGUGUGCCAGAAUGGCACAGUGAACUGGGUGCUCCUGCCCUGCAGGCACACGUGCUUGUGCGAUGGCUGCAUUAAGUAUUUUCAGCAGUGUCCCAUGUGUAGGCAGUUUGUUCAAGAGUCUUUCCCACUCUGCAGUAAAAAGGAGCAAGAUGAAGAUGAAUCAACCCAGAUCUCGCAAGAUGUUCAUCCUGGAAGAGUUUUUUAAUGGAGACAAAAAUAAAAGGAUUGGGUUGUAUGCACCAAGGUUAAAUGUAGAGAACAGACUGUUUAUGGGAGGAUAUCUAGCAUUAACUUGUACAGUUUUGCUUUUCACUGCUAGGCAAUUUUCAGCUUCCUUAUGUGUCUUCGCUCCAUAUGCUCGCAGGAACAUUACAUUUCUCUGCAAUGUGGACAGAAGAAGUGCGUAGGACCUACUUGAAGGAUGGGAUUAUUUUUAUAGCUUCUUACUAAUUUUUCAUGGAGUACUACUGCAGGCUAUUUUGAUUACUAAAUUUAGCUUUAUCUACUUGCAAACAAAACUUGCAAGUGAAGUUGAAGUGAAUAAGCUGUGAAUGACACAGCUUAUUCUAUAUUUAUUAUAUUUAAAAUAUUAGAGCUUUAUGUCAUCUUAAUUCCUUAUAAUUUAGAAACCUGGCACUUUACAGAGCGUGACAAAUGAAGGAAAGGCUACAUUCUUUGUAGUCAAACCCAUGCAUAUUUAUUCUGUAGACAAAGGCUGUAGUGUGACAGGAGCUGGAAGGAGAAGUUGUUCAGGACACUGUUUGGGGCUAUUUUGAAAUGAUGUGCAUGUGAAGGGCCUGAGCCAAAGCCCAGUGGAAGGAGUGCAAAGGGUUCUGUUGCUAUUUGUUGCCUUGAACUAAACCUUGCUGACACUUUCAAGCCUGAGCUGCUACUACUAUGUCAUCUUGCAACAGAUUUUCAAUCUUCUGGCAAUGGCUGCAAGAACUUGUUCUCCAUACAAAUGUUAGUUAAUUACUCCAUGGAGUUACUUGAGCAGUUCUGCUGUGCUAUUCUUAUACCAGCUGCCUGCUUGGGGAAUUUCCAAUUCUGUUUACUUGCGUUGUCAGAUUGGAUGAACAGUUGACCAUUACUUUUCCUUUUAUCAGUAGUCCCAGGCCAUUUGCUUACUCUAAUAAAGAAAGAAGCUAAAGAAUUGUUGAAAA